AUGGAAUCAUUAUUAUCAUCAGACGAUGACAAAUAUGAUACCAAUUCUAGUAGGACUUUUAUACUGUGGAAAAAUUUCGUACAGCAAGACGAGACACAAACCAACAUACGUUCGUCAAGCGCUCGCCAACACCUUAAAGACACCGUAUACAAAUCACCUCGAGGACUGAGCGAAAAUUAUUUACAUCUGAUAAGAAAAACAGCGGACAAUUUAGUCAAUACAGUGAUCGAGGUUUCCGAAUCGUUGGUACAGAAUCCUAAAACCUUAAAACCAAUUAGGUAUUAAAUAAAUUCAAUAUAUUAUGUAUCAUUAUUUUUAUGCAGUAGUAAAUAUGUGCUAACUCAAAACCUUAACUUAUGACGCGUAGCAUUACUGUCCGGAUUUAUACACAUCUCAAAUAUUAAGAUUAAACUUGUAUAAUAUAAAAUAUACAAUUUAUAAACUUAUCAUUAUGCAUAAUUUGUUGAUAAAUAGGUAUUAGAUAUAUAUUAUGUAUAAUUUUAUAUUCAAUUCUCGUCAAAGAUAUUAAUCCUGCGCUGAGCGUUUACUGACGUACUUAAUUAUUGAGUAGUAAGACGGGGAAAUACCGCGGGGUGCUGAACUUGAAGGACCCAUUUAGUUAUACACAAAAGCUUACAAUAUAAAAAUACAAAAAACAAUAUAUAUAUAUAUAUUUCACUAGCCCCCCUCCAUCCGAAAAUUUCAAUUUUAUUUUUCGUGCUAAUACGUAGCAUAUAAUUAACAUGAGUUUGUAUGCCUAUCACCGCAAUUUGCACGCCUUUAGUUUAUACAUUAGACGCUAUAUCAAAACAAAAAUCCAGGGGGGGAGCUGUAGAAACGUUUCUUAAUUCGAUUUUCAUUUUUUGUUUUUAUGGAACGAUUUCUGGUGUUUCGUAGUCGCCUGUUGAUGGGCAUAGGUUGUACUUCUCAAAUUAUGUGACAGCGCUCCUCAACUGCUCCCUGUAAGUUUACGUUUACGUAAUAGCCCGUUUCGUGUAGUUAUUUUUCUCUUUAAAAUUUCAAAAUGAAAUCGAUAUGUUCGGAAACUUUCCAGAUUUAAUCCCAGAUAUUUUUACAUGUUGGAUAUUUUCGAGUUCUAUUUCAUUCUACUUUACGUUUAAUUUGUGAUAUUCUAUACUUUUUGUUUCCUCAAAUGGAAGGAAUAUAUUAAUUAUUUGGAUUUUCAUUGGGUUCAGCCGGAAGUGGUUUUUGUGGAAGUAAAUACCGACCUUUAUGAGAAUCAUCUUAAAGGGAGUUAGUAGUUAAGUAUGUUUGGUAUGUGCGGUUAACAUCAUUGUAAAAUCAAAAUUUUUAAUUUACCAAAUAUAAUUUCAAUUUUUCAUUAUAGAUUAGGGUAUAACGCAAGGAUUAUAGACGAAGUUGAAGGAAACGAAGUGACGAAUAAAAAAAAUUACAUACACGAAUGCAUGGACAAGUUGAUACAAACAUCCGAUUCCGAUCAUUUGUUGCUCUCCAAAUUAGAGUGGCUCGACGAAAACGGACUGGCAGACGGUUUUUCAGCUAUACCGAAAAUUUCUGACUACAUAAAAAAGAAUUGGGCAUUAGACGUGAAAUACCUGUUCACCAUUGAAAAGACAAACACAUUGAUAACUAAUGGUCUUACUCGUCACAGUUAUAAGGUAAUCAAUCAUAUAUGAAAGUUAUUAUAUCAAACCUCAUUUAAAACGAUAAGUAUUCGUUUAAAAAGUUUAAGUUUUAGCGGUUUGCAGCUAGCUUAUAUAGGUACGGUACCUAUACAAGUUAUAGAAUAUUCUUGCAUCCCAAAAUAAAAAUAAAAAUUAUAAAUAUUAAAAUAUACAAUUUAUUUUGACGUCUGGUGUGGCUUGGUAACGUUUUUUUUUUUUUUUUGGGAGGGGAGCUUAAAACUUCCCCCAAUACCCGCCUAUAACGAUGACAGAUUUAAUUAAUUACACGUGUUAACAAAACAGGUAAAUAAAUUAUAACAGAAAUUGACAAUAUUGUAUAUAUAUAUAUAUAUAUAAUAAUAAUUAUCUGUAAUGCAAUGUACUCUGUUCCAUAUAUUCCCACUGUUUUGUAUAAUUUUCUACUUCUUUUUUCUGCUCUGUUUUUCUUUUAAAUUUUACAAUUGUUAAAUACUAAUCUAUUAUUAAUAAAUAAUUAAUUAAUCGAUAAGACUCAAAUUUUACCAAUACGAGGUUCACCUCAGUGGUGAAUUGGGCCAAAAUCUUUGGAUAGUUAAAUUUUAUUUAUUUUAGUAAUUAUGUGUUAUUGUUAGACAUUAUUGCUAUUUUAAACAUGUACUAACUGUUUUUAUGGCCAAAUAAAUAUAUUAUUAUUAUAAAAAAAAAAAAAAAAAAAAACCGGUGUUGAAAUCUAUUAUUUAUUCUUAAGUAUUUAUUGAUUUAAGUUGUUAAUAAUUAAUGUUAUAGUGUUUUUAUUAUUGUCUAAAUAGUAAACAUAACAUAUUAUUAGUUAUUACUGAUACUAAAAAAUUUAAUUUUUUAAUUGUAUAGUUAUUUUCUAAUUGAAUUUCAAUGUUACUAUGUUUCGAAAAAAUAUAUUUCACAAUACACUGUAUCAACUAUUUGUAUAAGUAUAUUAAUAUUCGAUUUGGUUAGUACAUUUUGUGCUGUUUAAGUAUAUUAUAUUUAUGCCUAUUAUGCUACUGACCUACGCUAUAAUGCGCAAUAUAUAUUUUCAAAUUUUACUUUUAUUAAAUCAAUUUUGCAACAAUAACACAAUAGGUGUUGCAUUAUAAAAUUGGACAUAGACGCUACAGUUCUCAUCCGGAAAACAAUAAUACAAUUCAGACACCUAGACCCGUAAGCAUAUGAUUAGCACUGUGGGAUCCGUUUCGGCACCAGGUUUAUUCUGGUUCAAAUUUACCGUGACGUAUUUUAUCGCGUUGUUAGUUAAUAAUGUUAAUAAUGUUAUCAAUUUAAAAUUGCUUGGUCUUGGAGUAUUCGAAAACCUAAAUUCGAUCGCUUUGCGAGUUCAUGUCGAAACUAACCGAAAAUAACUCUUUUAAGUCCAUUUUUGCAUAUCAUAAUAACCAAGUGAUUCAUUUAAGUGGAUACUUUCAUUAUCUUGGAAAGUAUUAACUUUUAUCGGAAUUUGUUUCCAAGAAGAUUUAAGAAACUAGCAGCUCUACAAUUUUGUAUUUAUGUAAUCUUUUUUCAUCCUUAUUUUCGAGAGUAAAACCACUAUUUACGUUUGAUUUUCAAAUGGCCACCUAUAUUAAAAAUUCCAUAAGUAGAUGGAGUAUUAGUUAAAAUAAAUUUUAGUGUUAAAAUUUUUGAUUUUUGAAAAUCAAAAGUAGACAGUGGUUUUACCCCCGGGAAUAAGGGUGACAAAAAAUAACAUAAAUAUAAAAUUGUAGAUGGCUUAUUUCUUAAAUCUUCUGGAAAACAGAUUCCAGAAAAGGUUAAUACUUUCCGAGAUAAUGAGUUUACACACUUCAAUAGAUCACCCGGUAAAAAAAUGUUCCGUACCUACCUGUUUUUUACAAUAUAUCCUGCAGUGAUUUAAAAGAAACAAUUGUUUAUGAUUGAUUUUUAUUUUAUAAUUAACUAAUAUAGAUGUAGAGAAACAAAAAUAUGAUUCGCGAUUUUUCUCGAUGAAAAAUUAGAUAUUCAGAGAUCCACGGAAGUCCAUAAUGUAAUCAUCGGUAUGAUAAAAUAAAUACCUAGCCGCACAGUGUAACUACCUAUAGAUAGGUAUGCUGCAUACACUCGAAUAUUAAAUACACACUCCAGAGCAAUAGUAUUUAUUUUCGGCGACAAAAUCUUAUCAAUUAUUGUUAAAUAAUUACAUGUAUAGUAAUAUUAUUAACAAAAAUAUUCAAAAUAACAAUACCUAAUAAUAAUGUUAUGAUGUUUUACAGGUGGAGUUUUCGGUACCUACCAAAGAACAUCCGAUUCCGCAAGUAACAGUCAGUGCAUAUUUCACCAUAGACGUAUCGCCUUUAUUGUCAGUUCCUAUUUACGUAAGUCGGUGAAGUAGUAUCAUAAUAAUAUCAUAUAUAUUUUGAUAGUAAUAUUAUUUAUUCGUAAACUACUGAUACAAAUAUAAAAUAUUGUUGACCGACAACAUUGUUAAAAUUGUUAUUAAACUAAACAGAAAUGUUUGAAAAUUUGACAGGGGAUUUAUUAUAAAUCGUACUUUAUGGUCAAAAAAAAAAAGUUGAGAGAAGCAUAGAAUUAUUAUUUUUUAUUCGUUUUAAAAUCAAAUUUUGACGAAAAUCGCAAAUAUUACGGCCUUUCGAAACAAUUAUAAACGAACUUCAUUCCGAAUCGUUUUUCAAUAGCUACGGUUAAUAAUUGGUUGUAGGUAUAAAUUAAAUAACUUUAUGUAUCCUACUUUCCCUACUAUCCAUUUACGACAGUGGCCGCACCCGUCCCUACUAUCAGCUAUUUUUAAUUAUAAUUGAAUCGAAACAUUUUUUUACAUAAAUUGAAAAAAUAUUUAGGCACUUCUUAUUCUUAUCGGAAAUUGAAAAUUAAACCCUUUUAAAGGUACAUCCUUGACAAAAAUUAUAUGUACAUAUAUUUUAACCUCGCUACAUUUAUACUUUUUUGUUGAAUCUGUAGAUGUUAAGACAUUAUUUUCUGCUUCAGCAUUCAAAUGGUUGGGAUAAAAGUUGAAGGUUAAAAUUCCCAAAAGGCACAUCUUUAAUACUUAACAUCCUUGAUACACUAUACAUAUAGUAAACGUAAUCUCCCUGACUUUAUCGGGGGGAGUCUGUAAGGAUUUAUGAAGCUAAAAAACCACGCUCCUUCACAAUAACACAUUUGGUUCAAAAGGAGACGCUAAAAAUGUCUAAAAGUAGUGGGGAAAAAUAUACAAAAUAUGCAUAAUAUACCUAUAUAUAAAACCAAAGUCGUAAGUUAAGACUUAUGGUAAAACCAUAAGUCGGCCAGAAAAAUAAAAAAAUCGAAUAAUUCUUCUGUGUUGUUUCUUCUGAUCGCUCCAUCGGGAACCCCAUCCUCCCCUUGUAUCGACUACUGAUUCAGAUACUAAUAUAGAUAAAUUUAAAAUAGAAUGAAAAAAUAUUGUAACAAAUCUAAGUUGACUAGGGCAUUUACAACUCUAGUAACGGAGUUUUUUUUUUAUUUGUAUUCAAAAUACAUGAACCAUUAAAAUCUAAUAAUAAUAAUAAUAACAAAUUUAUAAUAAUUCAUAACUUAUUAAAAAUAUCGUUUUCACAAUAUUAUAAUUAAUAUUUGCGUAUUAAAUAGGCACAAUGUAUACUGUAGUUUUUUUCAAUUCGUGAAAUGAGUCUAUGAAUCGGACAGUUAUUCGUCCGGCCGUUUCGCGGAACGGACAAAAAAUUGCCCAACAUUUCUUGAUUAAUCAACAAAUUCGCCUCUGGGGUGUAACACACGUAUUAUAUUGUUUAGGUAACAUACCAAUUGGAGACGGACAGACGGGUGUACGUGGUGGGCAAACACUCGUUCAACAGAAGUCGUUUCGAGCGCCUGUUCGAGAUCAAACGGGACGCGUACAUGGACAUCAACAAGAAGUAUACCCGGCGGUUGUCCAGGCCGAGGAGUCGCAACCGGUCGGAUCUUAGGCAGUGCUAA